AAAGGAUAAUCUGCAGUUGUUUUUAAAACGUAUUUAACGAAUGUAUGGAUUUAGAAUUUGAACAUUUCACUUUUUAUGUGGCAUGCUGUGUGGAACUAGACAUGAGCAAAUUGCCAGAUAUUUGUCCGAAUCGUAGGCUAAAGACACCACAAAACAACGCUGCCAGGGAAAGGUCACGGGUUAAGACGCUGAGAACAGCUUUUUUGGAAUUACAACGAUCAUUGCCGGCUGUCCCACCCAACACAAAGCUGUCCAAGCUUGACAUCCUGGUCCUGGCCACAGCCUACAUCUACCGUCUGACACAAACACUGCAGUGUCGAGAUGACCCCAGGUUCCCGGAAACCAACCCGUCCCCAGCAGACGAUGGCGGUCAAGGCUUCUACAAGACCAGUGACGUGGCAGAGUCCUCUAGUUUUAACACAAGUGUGUCGACACCAUCAAGGGAUUGCAAGGUGAAGGUUAAAGUUCAAGCCAAAAAAAGACUGACCAACUCGUGUGUCGCCUGCAGGGAUGUCGAGAGCAAAUAUUUGUGGGGUGAACCUUGGAGCAGGCGAUGCCAGGAAGACACGUACCACCCACAGGUUUCUAAUAUUUGGGGGCCAGACGUGAGGCGUCCAGUCGUUACCAACACUAGGAUCAUGCAGUCCAACCGUGGGAUAUUACAUCCGGUCAAGAAAUGGCCCAUGAGGUCAAGGCUGUAUGACAGCAUUUUCGGCUGUCCAGGCAAGACUUCACUGCUGACAAGAAGUGUUGGAACAGCCAGUUAUGAAAGGCAGACUCAGCAUGUGCCAGCUAAAAUUGAAAGAGCUUAA